CAGGAAAACCCAUUCCAGUACAGGAGGUGUGGGUGGCGUCAGACCCUCUGGCCGGUUUAUGUCUCUUCCCGGAGAAAAUCGGCGCGUGGUCCGCGGCGCUGUCAGUACGCCACGUUAUAGCACGUUUGUGCACGUAGAGACUUGGGGGGUCCACACGCCCACCGUACCUACUCCGAUCCACCUAUCCUUCCUCGACUUGCGAGAGAGUGGGGGUCCUAAGGACAAUUUCAUCCAUUCAAACCCCCAACUUCGACCCGUCUUCUCGCAGCCAUUGAUAGCACCUACUGCCGCAGAAAGCCAGUCCAGCCAGCGAGUUACGGUUAUGGUUGACCGGUAUGGAGAACUGGCACCCAAAUUAGCCAUGCGACUCUCGCGCGACUCGCUCCCAACCGCUGAUCGAGCCCUGACCAUCGCCGUAAACAAGCAGGUAGCAGGCAGUUCGUUGGUCCGUGAACGUAGCAUCAAAGCAAAUCAAAGUCUCUUCCGAUAUCGACCGGAGUAUUUCGCCUCUGUGCCCUAUGCUGCUCACACCCCACUGAAAGGCGCGAAUGGUCGAGGAAGCAGAUUACCGAUGAUGGACGAACCCGCGGAAGAACUUGGCCCUGCAUUCAAGUUGCACUCGCCACACAAGUCGAGUGAUGACCUGGAUGAUUUGGAAACUUUCCAUAGUAUUAUGUCUCAAUUUCCAAGUGCUCCAGCGUCAUUUCCCAAGUCCCACUCAGACUGCCAUAGCCCCUGUUCGUCGCACGGACAUGUGCAACACGAAGAGAAUCAAUUUGCGGACACCAGUCCUCAGGCUCAUCCAGAUUCGACCGAAUUCAUUGCGAAUUCAGGGUUGAUGAAUCGCAGUCCAGGCCCUGCUAACGAGAACCCCGCUUUUUCUUUUAAUAUGCCUGAGCCAUCGGUUUCAUCAUCUCACCCUGGUACCGCUUCCACAUCUAAGGUUCAAACUGGACCGUCAUUGAACGAAGUUUCGGACGCAUCUCCGUCCUCCUUCGUAGAGCUCGUUGCUCCCCGCCGCACAGAGAUUCGGCGUCGCAGGGUGCUGACAGUGGGGCUGGCACCACUGGACGUGUUCCGCAAUCGUUUUGCGGGGCAACGCCGAGCCCGCAAAGAGCGUUUAGUACACUCUAUUUCGCUAUUGACUGCACACAAUGCAGGAGGGCCCGUGGUGCCUGGAGGAUCGGGUGUCAAAUCUUCGGGACGUCGGAGCGAACCUUCGAUUACUUUGGCACCGCACUAAACUGAUGGACUGGCCUACCGCCAAGGAGAUGGUGCUGAGCGGUUCCCCAGAGAUGCGUCAGGAACCUGCUCUGGGAUUUCCAGGUGGUAGUGGCGUGAAGAUGGUUAAAAGUUGACGAGAUACCCCCGAAGUUGUCGAAAGCUCGAUUCUUACCGGCCGAGC